AUGGCGCCCAAGGACUUAUUGCGAAGCCGACCACACGGUGUUCCUACAAUUCUUAUAUUGAUUUUAGGCAGCCUGAUAUUUCGCUGGGCAACUCCAAAAGAUUUGAGCGAAUACGAUCCGUUUGUGCCAAUUCUACAGCGAGAAAUAGUGGCAAGAGUACCGGGACUAGGAGAUGCAUAUGGGAUGGCCAACAACCACCUCGACUCUUCCCUAGACUUGGAGUACUGGCGGGAGAGAAUGGGAAGUACUAUAACAAUUGAUUCCGAUCUCGAAUCAGACUCGGGAGACUCCAUGGAUACCGAAUUCCAGCAAGCCUUACGUGCAAGCCGAGACGACUACUUGCGUCAUAAUCCUACAAGUAGAGGCUUCACCCAAAGCAAACAAUUCAUCCACAUCCUCGUCGGCAGCCCCACCCCGCACCUCCGCAUCCUCCCCCAGCAAUCCCUCUGGAACAGACCCUACUUCCGCGACCCCCGCCGCGGCCUCAACCACUUCGACUACAUCGACAACACCUGGGUCCUGCGCCACCCAGCGCUCCCCCACAUCGACCCCGAACACUUUGACUUCGCCGCCGAGUACCUCGAAAGCGACGGCUUCGGCAUCCGGCUACCACCCGACCCCGAUAACAGUAGUACAACUACUAGUAGCGAGGUCCACAGCACAGUGCUGGAACAGUGCUGCGCGGCGUGGAACGUAGCCGAUCGCCUCGAUAUGCACGAUCUUAUGGAGCAUGUGGUGGAUAAGCUGCAGGCUAUAAGGCCGGGCAGGGAGGAGAUGAUGGUGUUUGCGUGUCGGAUUUUCGCCAAGAGGGGCGGUGUGGAUUUGCCGGGGCAUUAUCGGUUGAAGGAGCAUCUGGCUAGGUAUGUGGCGGAGAAUUGGUGGGAGUAUAUUCGCGAGUUGGGGACCGUGUUUGUGGGGAGGCUGGUGCGGUUGCCUGAGUUGGAGAGGGAUGUGUGUGAGAAGCGGUUGGAGAUGUUGAAUGAGCGGUUGGAUAGGGAAGAGGAGGAAGAAGACGAGGAUGAGCAAGGUGAGGAAAAUAUGGAGGUUGAUUGAGGUCAUUAUAGAUUGAUGGAUGUUUUUUAUCAAGAGAAUCAUUACCAACGCGCAGAUCAUUGCGUAAGAAAAGCAUGAUGGCUUUGUAUACCCAUAGCGUUCGUGUUACUAUU